GUCCGCCUCGGGCCCCCGGUGUUGAGACCGAGCACCAUGCCUUCGAUAAAGUUACAGAGUUCUGAUAGAGAGAUAUUUGAAGUUGACGUAAAAAUUGCCAAACAAUCUGUUACCAUCAAGACCAUGCUGGAAGACUUGGGAAUGGAUGACGAGGGAGAUGAUGAUCCUGCUCCUUUACCAAAUGUUAAUGCAGCAAUUCUAAAAAAAAAAAAAAAAAAAAAAAAAAAAAAAGUCAUUCAGUGGUGCACCCACCGCAAGGAUGAGCCUCCUCCUCCUCCUGAGGAUGAUGAGAACAAAGAAAAGAGGACCGAUGAUAUUCCUGUUUGGGACCAAGAAUUCCUGAAAGUUGACCAAGGAACACUUUUUGAACUUAUUCUGGCUGCAAACGACUUAGACAUCAAAGGUUUGCUUGAUGUUACAUGCAAGACUGUGGCCAAUAUGAUUAAGGGGGAAACUCCUGAGAAGAUUUGUAAAACCUUCAAUAUCAAAAAUGACUUUACUGAAGAGGAGGAGGCCCAGGUUCGCAAAGAGAACCAGUGGUGUGAAGAGAAGUAAAGUGCUGGGCCUGACACUGUAACACU